AUGGCACCCCAAUCACUCACCCGCCUCCUCUCCGAACUCGGCCUCACCACCCUCCACGCCUGCCCCCUCGACAUCCACCUCCUCAUCCUCCAACGCUUCACCCGCCUCUUCGCCUACGGCGCCUCAACCCUCAUCCUCGUCAGCUACCUCCAGUCCCUCGGCAACUCCCGCACCCAAUCCGGGCUCUUCAUGACGCUCACCCUCACAGGCGACAUCCUAAUCAGCUUCGUCCUCACCCUCACCGCCGACAAGAUCGGCCGGAAAACCACCCUCGCCGCCGGCGCGAUCCUCAUGUCCCUAAGCGGCGUUGUCUUCGCCCUCUUCCAAAACUACUGGAUCUUACUUGCCGCGGCGGUGUUUGGCGUGAUUUCCCCGAGCGGUAAUGAGAUUGGUCCGUUUAGAGCCGUGGAGGAGAGUAUCGUUGCGCAUUUGACUACGCCAGAAGCGAGGAGUGAUGUGUACGCCUGGUAUAGUUUGCUGGGGACGGCGGGGACGGCGUUUGGGAUGAUGGUGUGCGGGUGGGUGACGCAUGUUUUGGUGAAGGGGGGAUGGGAGAUUGAAGAGGCGUAUAGGGUCAUCUUUUGGGGGUAUGCUGUGCUGGGGGCGUUGAAGUUGUUGUUUACGUUGGGGUUGUCGAGGGCCGUGGAGGCGGAGGAGGUUGAUGUCGAGACGGAGCCGUUGCUGAAUAGGGAGACGCAGGUGAAGAGGAGCUGGAGGUCGUUGGUACCGCAUGUUUCUGCGGAGAGUAGAGCCAUUGCCGUUACUUUGUGUCUCUUAUUUGCCCUGGAUGCCUUUGCGUCUGGUUUGGCGCCAUUAUCGUGGGUCACAUUCUACUUCCGCUCCCGAUUCAACAUUGAAGAAGGCCGUCUCGGGUCCAUAUUCUUCACCACGUCUCUCAUAUCAGCUGCGUCUGUCAUCGUCGCCUCGUCUAUCUCCAAGCGCCUCGGAAACGUCAAAACAAUGGUGUUCACACACCUCCCCUCAUCCGUCUUCCUAGCCCUCAUUCCUCUCCCCUCAAACGUCUCUCUCUCCCUCACGCUGCUCGCCCUCCGAGCCUGCACGCAGUCCAUGGACGUCGCCCCCCGAUCAGCCUUCCUCGCCGCCAUAUUGCUGCCCUCUGAACGGACCGCAGUAAUGGGACUAGUGAACGUGGUUAAAACGAGUGCGCAGAGCGUAGGGCCGCUCAUCACGGGUGUCCUGGCGAAUCAUGAUUUGUUCUGGGUCAGUUUUGUGUGCGCCGGUUCGUUGAAGGUGUGCUAUGAUUUGGGGUUGCUGGCUGUUUUCAAGAACAGAGAGCGACAACGGGCUAGAGAUGAGGAGACGAGAUGA